UACACAAACACAAACCCAAUGAAAACGGUUCACCUAAUUUCCAUGUACUCAACUUCCCCUUCUUUCCUCCCUUUAAAAUUCAAUUCUUUUCCCAUUAAUUUCCAUUUCCAUCUCAACAACUUUCCAAUUUUCAUUCUUUCCCAUUAUUCUUCCAACCCCAAAUCCACCAAUUUACCAUCUCCCAUCUUCCCUUCCAACUCUUGUAUGUCUCCUUUUCUUGUCUCUUUCCCAUUUUCAACUCAUACCUAUUAAUCCCUGCAAAUUCUUCUCUAAUUUCCAUUGAUUUUCUCAAACACCCACAAAAAAAUGAAGGGAGGAAAACGAACCCCAGUACAAGCUGUAAGUCUAUGGGUGAGAAGACAACCUCCGAAGGUUAAAGCUUUUCUUUCUGUAAUUGCUGGAAUGGCUGCUUUAGUUUUCCUUAGAAUGGUUGUUCAUGAUCAUGAUAAUCUUUUUGUUGCUGCUGAAGCUGUUCAUGCCAUCGGUAUUGCUGUUCUUAUUUAUAAGUUAUCCAAGGAGAAAACAUGUGCUGGACUUUCACUCAAAUCUCAAGAACUUACGGCCAUUUUUUUAGCUGUUAGAUUGUACUGUAGUUUUGUGAUGGAAUAUGAUAUUCACACUCUACUAGAUACAGCUACAUUAGCGACAACCCUCUGGGUUAUUUAUAUGAUCCGCUUUAAGUUAAAGUCGUCUUAUAUGGAGGAGAAAGACAACUUUGCUAUUUACUAUGUAGUGGGACCUUGUGCUUUAUUGUCUCUGCUUAUUCAUCCUUCCACUGUCCACAACAUUGUCAAUAGAAUUAGUUGGGCAUUUUGCGUCUACCUCGAGGCUGUUUCAGUGUUACCUCAGUUAAGAGUCAUGCAGAACACAAAGAUUGUUGAGCCAUUCACAGCCCAUUAUGUUUUUGCCCUGGGGGUUGCAAGAUUUUUGAGCUGUGCGCAUUGGGUUCUUCAGGUCUUAGAUACCCACGGUCGUUUGCUAACGGCUUUAGGCUAUGGCUUGUGGCCUUGUAUGGUGCUGCUUUGUGAAGUAGUUCAAACUUUUAUCCUUGCAGAUUUCUGCUAUUACUAUGUGAAGAGCCUUGUUGGUGGACAGCUCGUGCUGCGCCUUCCCUCCGGUGUAGUGUAAACAUUUAGGUACAAAGGUGUGAAUCAGGUGCUUUUUGUUAGUUCGUCUUUUUCGCACUGUGAAUUUCCUGUAAAAACUUGUCUUUACCGAGCUGGUUCCAACCAGGGAUGUAUGUAGAACUUCUUUUUAGCUUUUCUUUGUUAAUUUUGUCAGAAAAGGUUUUGCAGUUCAUUAUUGAUGUUACAUUUUGAAAAGUA